AAUCAAUCUGUUGGGGGAAGUGAAAGUAAUCUAAGCAAGAAAAGCAAAACCUUUGAAUCCAACUGAUUCCAUAGACUGAACUUUUUCACUUCGAUUUUCCUUAUAUUUCUGUUCAAUUCCCCCAUUGGACCACGCUUGACGUGGGACCGUGAGUAAAUAGCCAGAUGGAAGCGUUGCCUUCUCCCCCAAGACCUCCAGGAGAAGCUUGAUUCCCUUCUGAGGUAACCCAUUUGUCAUCUAAUUAUCAUUGAAUUCUUUAUCAUUUCGUUUUCACAUCAAAAUCUCAUAUUACUAUAAGCUUGUGCGAUUUGUGAAUCUAAAUCUUAAAAAGCAGCAAUGUCAAAGCCUUCCCCAAGAGUGGUCCAUGGACUCCUCAGAUUUCGCUACUGCCUACAUGUCUCUAGCUCAAAACCCUCAUGUCCGAGCACUUCUUCUGUAGCCUCUAGGAUUCGCAGUUCACUUACAAGACCUUACUCAAAUGGGUUCUCCAAUUCCACACUUUUAAACACUCAAAUCCCCUCUAGGUCGUCUUUCUCUUCAACUCCUACUUCAAAUGGGGGUUUAUCCCAGGUUCUCUCGUGGGCAAAGCCCCACUUUUAUUCUUCAUUCAGGACUUCCCACGCAUUUGCUAAACAGAGUUGUUUCUACGGAGUGAGACAGUUUUCUUUCAAAACUUCUUCGAAUUUUGGCAAAACUGCCAAUGGGAAUUUUGCAAAGAAGGUGUUUGAGAAGCCUGCUAAGGCAGUUAGGGCCGCCAUUUCGAGGUACCGCGACGCUAUAGGAUUGCAAAUUGAUGCCUUUUGGAAGAGGAAUUUGCUCAUCCUGCUUGGCGCCGGAGGGGUUGUGCUGUGUGCUUUGCUUUGGAGGGUUAUGUUUGGUAUUGCCAAUACUUUUAUUGGCCUUUCUGAAGGCAUGGCCAAAUAUGGGUUCCUUGCUCUUUCUUCAGCCAUAGUUGCUUUUGCAGGCCUGUAUAUCCGCUCUAGAAUCACAAUUAAUCCUGAUAGAGUUUAUAGAAUGGCUAUGAGGAAGCUUAAUACUUCUGCUGGAAUUCUUGAGGUUAUGGGCGCUCCCCUCACAGGAACAGAGCUUAGAGCCUAUGUGAUGUCAGGAGGUGGGAUUACACUGAAGAACUUCAAGCCAAGGCUUAGGAGCAAGAGGUGUUUUCUCAUCUUCCCAAUACGAGGUUCCGAAAAGAAGGGACUAGUCAGUGUUGAAAUUAAGAAGAAAAAGGGCCAGUAUGAUAUGAAGCUAUUGGCUGUUGACAUUCCCAUGGCGUCAGGACCUGACCAGAGAUUGUUUCUGAUUGGAGAUGAGGAUGAGUAUAAGGUUGGUGGUGGACUAAUAUCUGAGCUGAGAGAUCCUGUUGUGAAAGCAAUGGCAGCCAGCAAGGAAUUUGAUGAUCUUGAUCGAAUUGAGGAAGAGGAGGAUGCUGCAAGAGAGCUUCAGGAAGCAGAAAGAAAGCACCGUGAGGAGAUUGAAAAACUUGAGAGAGAUGGUUCAUAGUACUCGUUUUUGCCCAAACUUUCCCUCCAUUCUUUUCCUUUUCUUUUGCUGGAUAAUUUUGGCUAGAUGCCUGAGGCUUGAUACAGAUGAGUCUUUCGUUUGUAUCAGAAAUCUAAUUCUCUAGUGCUUUUUUCUUUAACCUGCUAAAUAACAUGUUCAGAAAUUUUAAAGUUGAGAGAUCUAAUCAAGGCAAUAAAGUAUGCAACUGGGGUACUGUGCUUCGCUAGUAAUGCAAUUUUUGGUUGAUUCA